AUGUCUUCCAAGACGGAACGUUUAUUCUUCGAAAGCCUUCAGCAUAAGGCUCUCGAAUGUCUGGAUACGUUUCCAAGUAAAGUAGUCGAGUUAAAUGAAAUCAUUGAAGAAUAUAUGCCGGAAUCAGCGAAGAAUAACGUCAACGUAAACACUAACGUAAUUUAUCCUCGAACGAGAUCAGUAUCAACGUUAUCAAGUAUAAGAGAUUGUAAGCCGAUAAUUAUCGAUUUCGAUGUUGCAACUUAUUAUUCUCUAUCGAUGUGCGAUCGUAAUCGCACGAAACGUAGAAUUUAUAAAAGAAAAUAUCAUAGAAUAUACGGUGGUAAUAACGCGACGAUACGUCGAUAUCCUGGUGCCCUUGGCCAACUAUUGGCAUUUAUCAUAAGUCGACUAGCUUCCUAUACAAAAAAAAUCGUAUUCACGCCGUCCUAUUUCGUAAUCGACAAUAUCAUUCCAAUGUUUUUCCAAAAAUCAGAGUUACAAAACGCACAAUGUGGUACAUCCUCCAACUGGAGCUCCUCCGUUUUAGAGUAUACGUCUAGCAUCAAACAUGUUGACACAAUCGUUGAUACUUUUAUCGGCAUCAUGCGACCAGCCGCUGUUCAAUUAAUUGCAGAUAUCACGAUACUUAAACGUUGGCUGCAGGCCCUUGUCCUAAUCAAAAAUUCGCUCGAAUCGAUCGAAUUGACGAAUGCGACUCGUACCACCGAAACCAUCGAUUGCUGGGCUUACGAGCUCUACUUUCAUCUCAAAAAUCUUCAAGUGAGUAUGCGCGACAAUCAAAUGAGGGAGGAAAAGAAAGUGAUCUAUACAACUGAUUCGAUGGAUCGUAACAGUAUGACACACUUAAAUCUGUGGCAUCGCAUGGUCCAACUUCGUAAUAAUUAUAUUAUCCUCUACGAAACAUUGAAUAACAAUCAAAACAUCUUGAAUCUCGCGUCUAUGGAAGUUUCUUGA